GCCUUCCAGGAACAAGCAGGCGCAGAGAGGGAAGAAAAGCACCACAACAUGCUCACUGUGAACGCGUCUCUGUGCGCGCUAUAGCGAUUUCCAAAUCGCCCUGCCUUUAGCUUUUCGGCCUGUUAGGGUGUGGUCGUCUUUUCGGUGAUCUGUGCUGCAUGUUGGCGCGUUUCAUAUGCGCGUCAAACUUGUCAGAAGCAACUGGAGCUGCCGGACGCCAUCUUUAGGACUGCUCAGGGAAGAGGCGAGUGGCUGGGCCACCGUUAGCCCGGGCUGGAGUUUCACUAUCCUGGACUAUCUCUCUGUUUAAUGCACUUCCAUAAGUUAUCGACGGCAGCGCAGUUUGGAAAUCAAUCCAGAGUUAUUCAGAAAGCUCUAACCACUGACAGUGAGUUGAGUAAACAUCUGUCGUGUCCGAGUAAGAAAUACUUUGUGGACUAUUUCUCGAGUUGAACCUUAGAAGAAGCUACGCUAGCUGACUUAGCCACCCCAGCCUGGCUGUCGGAACGGUGUGUAUCUGUAUGAGGCCAUUGUCCUGCAGAUGAGCCAUAUCUGGGGGCUGUUGCGUCGCAGACCCAGAUAAUUCCUGGUGGCUGCGGCCCAGGCCCCGCCCCUACCCAGCAUGCCCAACGCUGUUCGAGCGGGGAGCCUGAAGGACCCCGAGAUCUCUGAGCUCUUCUUCAAGGAGGAUCCUGAAAAACUCUUCACUGAUCUCAGAGAGAUCGGCCAUGGCAGCUUUGGCGCGGUUUACUUUGCACGAGAUGUGCGCACCUCAGAGGUGGUGGCUAUCAAGAAAAUGUCCUACAGUGGAAAGCAAACCAACGAGAAAUGGCAAGACAUAAUCAAGGAGGUGAAAUUUCUCCAGAAUAUAAAGCACCCAAACAGCAUUGAGUAUAAAGGCUGUUACCUGAGAGAGCACACAGCAUGGCUCGUAAUGGAGUAUUGUCUGGGUUCUGCCUCAGAUAUCCUAGAGGUACACAAAAAGCCCUUACAGGAAGUGGAGAUAGCAGCAAUUACCCAUGGUGCUCUGCAAGGGCUGGCAUACCUACACUCCCAUAACAUGAUCCACAGAGACAUCAAGGCUGGGAAUAUCCUGCUCACUGAACCUGGCCAAGUGAAACUGGCUGACUUUGGCUCUGCCUCCAUUGCUUCUCCUGCUAACUCAUUUGUGGGAACUCCAUAUUGGAUGGCCCCAGAGGUGAUCUUGGCUAUGGACGAGGGUCAGUAUGAUGGCAAGGUGGAUGUCUGGUCCUUGGGUAUAACUUGUAUUGAAUUAGCGGAGAGAAAACCUCCACUUUUCAACAUGAAUGCAAUGAGUGCCUUAUACCAUAUAGCACAGAACGAGAGCCCAGUCUUGCAGUCAAGUGAAUGGACUGAUUUCUUUAGAAACUUUGUGGACUCCUGCCUUCAGAAACUGCCCCAAGACAGGCCCACUUCUGAAGAGCUUUUGCAGCAUGCCUUUGUGUUGCGUGAGCGAGCCGAGUCUGUACUGGUGGACCUGAUCCAGCGCACCAAAGAUGCUGUGAGGGAGCUGGACAACCUGCAGUACCGCAGGAUGAAGAAAAUAAUCUUCCCUGAUCCACAAAAUGGGCCGGUGGCAGAAGCCCAGGACGAGGAGGAGGAGCCAGAGCAUACAGGCACUGUCAACAGUGUGGGUAGCAGCCAGUCCAUCCCCAGCAUGUCCAUCAGUGCCAGCUCUCAAAGCAGCUCUGUCAACAGCUUGACUGAUGCUGCUGAGGACAAUAAGAGUGAGCUGGACCUGCUGGAGGGAGACCACACAGUCAUGUCCAACAGCUCAGUCAUACACCUUAAACCGGAAGAGGAGGAGAGUCAACCUGAAGAAACCCCAGAGGUUCCCAGUGAGCCACCUGAAGAGCAGUCUCCUCCUGCACAGACUCCUCGCCGUCAUUACCGCAACAGAGAGCAUUUUGCUACCAUCCGCACAGCCUCACUGGUGACGCGUCAAAUCCAGGAGCACGAGCAGAACUCAGAGCUACGGGAGCAGAUAUCUGGGUACAAGCGAAUGCGGCGGCAGCACCAGAAGCAGCUGGUGGCUCUGGAGAACAAGCUCAGGGCAGACCUAGAUGAGCACAGGCUGAAAUUAGACAAAGAGCUGGAGAGCCAGAGGAACAGCUUUGCUGCCGAAAUGGACAAACUUGUCAAGAAGCACCAGGCAGCCUUGGAGAAAGAUGCCAAGAACUUUGCCAAUGAUGAGAAGAAGUUCCAGCAGCACAUCCAGAGCCAGCAGAAGAAAGAGCUCAACAGCUUCCUGGAGUCCCAGAAACGCGAGUACAAGAUGCGGAAGGAGCAACUUAAAGAGGAACUAAAUGAGAAUCAGUCCACACCAAAGAAAGAAAAGCAAGAGUGGCUGUCAAAGCAGAAGGAAAACUUGCAGCACUUCCAGGCAGAAGAGGAGGCAAACCUUCAACGCAGGCAGCGUCAGUACCUGGAGCUAGAGUGCCGCAGGUUCAAACGGCGUAUUCUUGUGGUUCGGCACAAUGUGGAGCAGGACCUGGCAAGAGAGGAGUUAAACAAGCGUCAAACACAGAAGGACCUGGAGCAUGCCAUGCUACUUCGACACCAUGAGUCCAUGCAGGAGCUGGAGUUCAGGCACCUGAGCACCAUCCAAAAGACACGGGCCGAGCUCAUUCGCUUACAGCAUCAGACUGAGCUCACCAACCAGAUUGAGUACAACAAACGCAGAGAGAGAGAGCUUCGACGCAAGCACGUCAUGGAGGUCCGGCAGCAGCCCAAGAGUCUGAAGGUCAAAGAGGUUCAGAUCAAGAAGCAGUUUCAAGAAGCAUGUAAAAUCCAGACACGGCAAUACAAAGCCUUGAAGAACCAACUACUGGAGAGCACACCCAAGUCAGAACACAAGACCAUGCUAAAGAGGCUGAAGGAGGAGCAGACACGCAAGCUGGCCAUCCUAGCUGAGCAGUAUGACCAUUCAAUCAAUGACAUGCUCUCCACACAGGCUUUACGGCUGGAUGAGGCACAGGAGUCUGAGUGUCAGGGGUUGCGGAUUCAGCUGCAGCAAGAGCUGGAGCUACUGAAUGCGUAUCAAAGUAAGAUUAAGAUGCAGACGGAGUCACAGCAGGACCGAGAGAGGAAGGAGCUGGAGCAGAGAGUAUCUUUGCGCAGGGCACUGCUGGAGCAGAAGAUCGAAGACGAGAUGCAGUCUCUGCAGAACGAUCGCUCUGAGCGUAUCCGCAGCCUGCUGGAGCGUCAAGCACGAGAGAUCGAGGCCUUCGACUCGGAGAGCAUGCGCCUCGGCUUUAGCAACAUGGUGCUGGCCAACAUUUCCCCAGAGUCGCUGAGCAACAGCUUUCCUGGAGCACCAGCCAGCUGGGCCCACUCGGCCACUCCCCAGAGUUCCCAGUGGAGCUGUUGCUCAGGCUCUGGCCAUCAGUACCACGCACAUCAGGGAGGAGCGCCUGGUCAGCAGGUCUGGGGAGGCUCUGUCUCAGGAGCAGCACCUCCUCAGUGGAGCCAUGCAGCAGGGGGCCUCCUGGGGGCCGUGCCAAAGAGCAGCGGGAGUAUGGCCAUGAGAAACAGCCCACAGGCCCUCAGGAGGACCACAUCAGGGGGGCACAGUGAGCAGAACAUGAGCAGGAGCACCAGCAUCACCUCUCAGAUAUCCAACGGCUCCCACCUAUCCUACACAUAGACCCCAGAGUACCAGUGCCAGGCCCACACACACAUAAACACACACACGAUUAAAAAAAAAAAAACAGGUUAAGGGACUGCCGAUGGGCGCCUAGAAUCAGCAGAAUAGCACUCUAACCUGCUUGUCCCUAUCCCUGUUUUGUCUGUUUGGUUUUCUCACACAUGCGGCAUGUGAGGUAUAGAUAAGCAUUGCUCAGGUCAAUAGCUAUUCUGUCUGUGCAUGACAGUUAAUUGGCCCACAUGCAGAGCUAGAAUUUGUCUAUCACUGCAAUUUACAUGAUGCUCUGUUGAUUUCUGUGAAUCCUUUUAACUGUCUUUGCGAUCCCCACUAUAACUAUUUAGAAAUGCAUGUACAUUAUGUAUGAUGUAUACAGAGAACAUUUUAAACAUUUCUGGCCAUUUGUUGAACUCCAUACUGAUGGGUUUAAAGAGCAAUGGGACGUUGAACAGACAGCUACACAGAAGUGUACUAAUAAUCCUAGACAAAAAUGCCAAAAUGACCCCAACUUAGACAUGCAUAGGUUCCCAUUCUGCCACAUUUCCAGCCUGCUGUUAUGCCCCCAGGUGAAUCAGGUGAAUGUUCCUCUUCAAAAAGAAAGUUAAAUUAUAGUUUGUCUUAACUAAAAUGUUAUUUGUAAUUGCCACAUAAUUGUGUAAUGUAAUAUAGGGGAGAGAAGAAGAAAUGUAGUCAGUAGUGUACGUUUAGUAGCGAUUGAUUUUACUGGUUUGGUAUUUUGAGGUUUAAUGUGUUGAGACUUUUAUUGUCAAAAAUGGCACAAUAGUAUUUUUUUAAAUCCAGAUUAGAAUGUAAGUUGUGUGGAGUCUGAGAUACAAUGCCAACAGGACUGUUUGCCAGCAUUGUUGUCACCGUUCAUGUUUUAGAAAGUAUUCAGAUUCUCCCAUUUCCUUUCCCUCAGGCACGCCAAAGGAACCUUCCCCACAAUUUCUUGAGUUUAAAAUGAAGGUUAGAAGUUAUCGAGCACCUCAGAAAAGUGAAGGAAACAUUACACAUCAUGUCCUUUGCGUUUUACUACUAGAUUUACUUGUUAAUCUGGUUUGUUUUUUAAUGCUUUGCCAUGCCAUGUCAUCUAGCAACAUAUAUAGCCAAAGACUUCAGGUAUGUUGUCACAGUUUGAGCUAAGUGAGUGCCUUUUAAUUCACGGUUGUAAUCAGUAGACAGUGUGUGUAUAUGCAGGGGCUAGAAUGCUUUAUGUAGACCUAGGGAGAAAGAAAAUAUGUCCCUUUCUGAUUACUGAGAUGUGUUGAGGCCUGGGAAAUAUUUUGACAUUUUCUACUGUAUAAAUUUUUCAUCUUUUACAUUUGAAUCCAGUACAAGCAAUGUUCUGUAAUUUGGUUACUGCAAAAGUGAAAAUGGAGUUAAAAUAUCCCCUUUUUUUGAUAGGUUCUUCAGGUUAGUGUAUUAGUGUAUGAUAGAACUGGGGGAAAGACCACAAUCUGAUACUUAGUUUUAUAGAAAACAUUUCCCACCCGAACAUGCACAAUGUAUACUGUACUCCGCUGCAGGGGAGUGAAUUGAUCAGCAGUAUGUGAGGUUGAGUCUGAAAGGCCAUGCUAGAAAAAGGUUGGAAAGUGGCUGUGCGUACCUGUAUAUAGCUAAAGUUUUAAUGCCAUAUUCAGUAGACAGUGGUGUGUGGUGCCUUCUUUAAAAGAUGCCAAACAGGAGCACUUUAUGUUGUGUGGUGAAAAUUUUUAGCUAUUUUUUUUUUUACUGGCUCACUAAAAGACAAGCCCAGGACCCAACAUCAAACUAACACCAAAAACAGGCACAGGACUUCCAUGUGCUGACUGUGAGAGUAGAUUUUAGUGCAGUGGCCAUGUAUUACUGAUAGACAGUUUGUUUAAAUCAUUCUGAACAAAGUGGGAGACUGAAAACUGAUUGAAUGUAUUUAUUGGCAGUAGCCUGAUCAGGGCAGAAUGCUGUGUUUGAGACUGAAGGAGUGUGUGUGUAGGGAAGAGGACCGCACAUUGUGUUGAUCAUUAAGCUCAUGACAGCAGGCUGAGCAGUGCAAAUGGGCAAAUCUUGUACGGGAGCAGGCGCUCACUCAGGACAAAUUACAAUAGCUAAAUUGAUGUGAAUAUGACGAACAUUUGCCAGACAGAGCUUUAGAUGUGACCAAACACAGACAGGGAAUAUUUGUUUAUCGCUUUCGUCCUCGCUCUAGCUUGGUCUUGUGCUCUGUGGAGUAGGUAGCGCUGCCUGGAGCUCUGGGUACAUGAGUAGUGUUGCUGAUGCCCCUGUGAACCCUUUCUCUUGGACUUCCACCACCACCUCCUCCUCCUCUUCCUCUUCCUCAUGUGCUCAUCACACUAAGCCAAGCUUUGCCUGGAUCAAGUGUUUCAGCUGACGGAUGAGUGAAUGCACUUUGAAACAAAAAAAUGUUUGCUCUCCAAAUCAGUUUUGUUUACACUCUGAAAACGGUGACUGAUUGGAUCCAUAGUGAUUGAAUUAUUAUUUUUUAACCUUUUAAACAGAUGCACGCUUUUUUAUUUCUUCCUUGUACGUUUUUAUUUUACUGUUGUGCACUUGUGAGUAAAGUAGAUUCGUUCUCUCUCACUCUCAAGGCAAGACAAAUGAGAUGAGGCACUGGUGUUUUUAGUUUAGCUUAGUUUUGUUUUUCCUUUUUUUAAUAACCCUAAAUCCUUACUUACCAAAAGGCAUCAUCCUUCAAAGACAAAGUUUAUUGAUAUAGUUUAUUUAAUUAAUAAUCAAGAAGCUUAAAUCCACAUGGGUGUGUGUGGAAUGUUCAUAUUGUAUAUUAAGAUAGAUUAAAAACAUAGUCUAAAACUAGUCCUCUAUGUGAAAUCUCUCGUCGAGAAAGUUACUGAGAAUAUAUGAACUGUUCGACUAAAGUUGUGCAAGUGGAGAAUUACUCUGGAGGAGUCUCCAGGUUGGAUUUCAGGGAUUUGUGUGUGUUUUACACUGCACACUUUUUGUUCUCCCAAUUUCACGAGAGUUCGGACAUCAGCUCACAGCAGCUAGUCUGCGUCUGUCGUAUUCGUCGUGGUUCAUCGUUUUUCUCCGUUGCGUUCACCUUUCAAAUGAAAGCCUCAGAAUAUAAUGCUUCCAUUGUGUAAGAAAACUGGUGAAAGUUAUUGCUCAUAUCUCCUCCCAUUAAAAAAAAACAAA